AAUAUGAUAUUUUAAUAUUAUUAUAAUUUAUUAAUUUUUUUCGCUAUCGCGCGGGACCGGAUUCGUGUUGCCAAGGUCUUUCCGUCGUCGCGAGUGUGUGUACGCGUGCGCGAGCGUGAGCAUUUCGCGGAUGUUUUUUAAACGUCUGUAUUCCGCCUUCCGCUAUUUACGAUAUAUUUAUAAUAUAUUUCAAAUUGUUAUUAUUAUAAAUUAUACCAUAAUAGCGCUUCCUAUUAUUAUUAUAAUAACACGAAAUAUAAUAUUAUGAUUAUUAUUAUUAUCAUAUCGACACGGCGCGAUGCGUAAAAUCUGAGCGAUAAAGUAUGACACGGAUCAUAUCGUUUGCCUUAACAUAUUGUAUCAUUCCCAUCUGCACGACGUUGCGACUACCUAUGAUCGUGCGCGAUGUGACAUAAUAUUAUUUUGUCGUCGUCGUCGUCGUGGUCGCCGCGCGCCGGAAACGGGCGCCGAAGGAGGAACUACGGCCAAUUGUCGAGUUAAAGAGAGACGGAUGACGGAGACGGCCAAUUGUUUCCUGCCCGCACCGAAGAUAUUGCCACAUCACAGCCGGUUGGUUGCCCAAAGGAUGUCCUGUUUGUUAUACAUAUCGGACGUGUUCAAAAAUAUGUCCAACGUAUACGAACCUGUCACCAGAUGGGAAAACCGUAAUCUCGGCCGAAAGGACGAAACCACUAUAAAUCGUCUAAGAAUCGGACACACGAGUCCAGAUCAUGGAUUUCUCAUGUCAAAAGACGAACAUCCCAUCUGCGAAGCUUGUGGUGCUCGCAGCGCGCAGUCAAACAUAUCCCAACGGAAUGUGUACUGUACGAAUAUAGGAGCGAAUAAACCUCAACUUGACCGAAACUCUGGACGCAACCCUUGGGCCGAACCCGGAUCAAAACAAGAAAAUCCUAAAAUUAACCAAUUUAAUCGAAAUCAUUAUAAUAUUAAAUAAUUGUUAAAUUUAUGUAACACGAUAUACAUUCCCCAAUAAUUGUAAAUAGUUUAAUUUAAGACACUGCAACUAAUGGCCCCUGCUGCAGAGUAAGUUGUAAUUGAGAUAAAAAAAAAAAAACCUGUCACC